AUGGAUGCGAAAAUAGAUAUAUGGAUAGAAAAAUAUAGACCAAGCACUCUGGAGGAGAUAAUCGGUAAUCCAGAAAUCACUAAGAGGUUACAAUUCAUAGCCAAAGAGGGAAAUAUGCCAAACCUACUCCUUUGUGGACCCCCUGGAACUGGAAAAACUACGUCAGUUUUGUGUUUGGCAAGAGAAAUGCUUGGAUCACACUUCAAAAGCGCAGUUGUGGAACUUAACGCAAGUGAUGACAGAGGAGUUGAUGUGGUUAGGGAGAAUAUAAAGAACUUUGCGAAGAAAUCUCUCAUACUGCCAGCAAAUAAACACAAAAUUGUCAUUCUCGACGAAGUAGAUUCCAUGACGGAACCAGCUCAACAGGCGUUGAGGAGAAUAAUGGAGAUAUACUCCAGCACUACAAGAUUUGCACUGGCUUGUAACCAGUCGAACAAGAUAAUUGAACCAAUUCAAAGCCGUUGCGCAGUGAUUCGAUACUCAAAACUUAAAGAUGAGCAGAUAUUGAAGAGAUUGGUUACUAUCUGUGAUUUGGAGAAUUUAACUUAUACCGAUGAAGGAAUGGAAGCACUAUUAUUCUCAGCAGAUGGCGAUUUGAGAAGGGCUGUUAACAAUUUACAAAUAGUGUCUGCAGGGUUUAAAAUAGUGACGAAGGAUAAUGUUUUUAAGGUUUGUGAUAUACCCUCCCCAGAUUUAAUACAAAAAAUGCUCGAGAAUUGUUUGAAUGGUAAUUGGCGCCUGGCUCAUGAGAAAGUGAAUCAAUUAUUAGAACUGGGACAUUCACCAGUGGAUAUAAUAGUGACAAUGAGAAGUUUAUUAAAGACCAUGGAUGCUCCAGAACACGUCCUUUUGGAGUACAUUAAGGUAUUUUUAAACAACUUUUCCAGAAGUUGUAUUUAA